AUGCCUCCACACUUCGUUGUCACUGGUACUCAACCUGGGAUCCAGUAUUUACCACGAUCUUCCGUUCAAGAACAGAUGGCUUCUGCUGCUCAUCCAACAAACAUGCCGUAUUCCAUGAUGCAGUCCGUGAUGCAACAACGAGCUCAACGAAACGUAGCGGUUCAGCGAGUUCCUAUGAUGGUCAGACCGCGAUUACCUGCAGGAAUUCAACCGCAGUUCCAAUAUGGCCCGGCACAAAUGAACGUUAGACCCGGUGUGCAAUACAACACUAGCGAAACGUAUAUGCGCUAUGAAGGAGAUGUGAAUGUUCCUUCUUAUAGUCACUACCACCAAGCUGAGGUGCCCGCUCUUGGUGUCAGCCCGUUUCCCGUUCACCAGCAAAACGGGGUUCCUUCGAUGCCUCAAGCUCAGAUGGGAUAUUCUCAAGUUCCCUAUGAAUAUCCUAUGCAUGGAAGCGAUUAUAACAAUAACAUGACCUUUCGA